UAAUUAUUUACUCACAGCAGUGCAGGUUCACAGGCAGCUGGCAGGGCUCACACAACAACCAUUGCCGGUCCUGCCGGUCUAACCUCUAUCGUUUCAUAGUUUAUUGUAAUUUAAACACCGUUAUAUGCUGAAGAAAACAAUGAUAAAUUUAAGAAAGUUUAUAGAUAUCGGGGCAAAUUUAACAGACCCUAUGUACCAAGGAAUUUACCACGGGUCUCAAAAACAUCAGUCGGAUUUAGACAAAGUGUUGGAACGGAGUUGGGCGAACAAUCUGUCAAAAAUAAUAAUCACAGCAGGCAGUGUCAACGAGAGUAAAAAAGCCUUAGAAAUCGCCAGGACAGAUGAUAGACUAUUCUCCACGGUUGGCUGUCACCCUACCCGUUGUAAUGAAUUUGAAGAAUCGGGAGACCCGGAAGCGUAUCUCAGUUCACUCUCUGAGAUUGCUAUCAGCAAUAAAGACAAAGUCGUCGCAAUUGGAGAAAUGGGACUAGACUACGACAGACUGCAAUUCUGCCCCAAAGAAACGCAAAAAAAAUUCUUCGAGAUGCAGCUUUCGCUUUGUUCCACUUUGAAACUCCCGAUGUUCCUCCACUGCCGUAACGCUGCCGAAGAUUUUGUACGAAUACUCAGAAAGCACAAGGACAAAUUAACAGCCGGAGUUGUUCAUUCCUUUGAUGGCAACACGGAAGAAGCUUAUAGUUUGCUCCAAUUAGGCUUAUUCAUCGGUAUUAAUGGCUGUUCGCUGAAGACCGAAGAAAAUCUUGGCACGGUUAUGACCAUUCCAUCCGACAGACUGGUGAUCGAAACGGAUUGUCCAUGGUGCGAGAUUAGGCCAACUCACGCCUCGGCCAAAGACGUAGUGACGCAUUUUCCCUCGGCGAAGAAGGAAAAAUGGCAACCUGAUCGGAUGGUUAAGGGACGAAACGAGCCUUGCACCAUAGUACAAAUUUUGGAAGUUCUGGCGAGUGUAAGAGACGAGGAAGAGGAGUACCUUUGCAACCAAAUAUACAAGAAUACAAUGAAGCUCUUCUUCCCGUACGAGCUGUGAAACAACGCUGCGUCAGCCUCAGAGCCGCUGAGUGUACAAGUGCGUUACACUUAUUUUCGAGCAUUUAUAUACAUUAGACACGCGCUAAGACUGGUGUUUUGAAAGUGGCAAGGGACAGCGAAACAUAUUUUCAACUUUUUUAACUGCUGUCUGGCGAACAAAAAUGUACACUUUGCAGCAUAUACACGCGUGAGUGUGACCAGCGUCGUCAUAUUCCUUCGAUCUCCUUUAUAAGAACCUAAUAUAUUCUUGUUAAAAUCAUUUUCAUUAUCAUGAUCGUAUUAUGUCAUCAAGAUCAUUACUAUUAAUAAUCUUAUAAAUAAUUACCACUUUGCUAUUGCUACAAUUGUGCGUUCCUCGUUAUUGCUACGACUAAUCCAUUGCAUUUGAAAAGAACGAAGCCAUCCAUAACACUAAAAGUUGAAACAACAUAUUAAAA